GUUUGUUGCAAAGACAACGAAAAUCGCGUACUGUGCCAGGCAGCGCAUUUUAGCCUAAUGUGUUCGACAUGCGCGGACAGCGUACGAUAGCAGCCGACGCCACUGAAUGCUUCAGUUGGCCUUUAUGUGGGGCCCACAAUACGGUUUGGAAAUCGGACGGCCAGGAAAGACUCGAAAAGUGGGAGAUGAUCAAAGGGUAACAACACUUCGAAAUUCGAAUAAUCAGAUCGGAAAAGGAAAACGUGACGGGCAUCAUACGUGUGAAAGGACACAAAUGAAUAAAUUCAAGUAAUGAAGUCUCUUUCAUUUUCAACCCAAACGACGCUCCUUUCUCUCUCUAACUUCCUGUUGCUUGAAGUUUCUAGAGAGAGAAAGUUGUAGUCCCAGUGAUUCUGCAUGGCACAUUUCUCCGUGUAUAAGGGCGUAAUAGUCUGAACCCCAAAUGUGGUUUUGUAAUCUUGUUGCUGGUGGAGUCUGUGCUUGUUUACACCUCCAUUUUGGAAUGGCAAAUCAGGACUCACCGGACUUGCACAAAACUUACUUACUCUGAACUAUUGAAGUUGCUCUCGAGGUCUUCAGGAGUUUUUUUAAGAGCGAGUCAUUCAAACUACAAAGUUAAGAUAUGAAACGUAAAAGUCUUGCAACUGAUAGAAGUCUUGUUGACAAGGAAGGUGGGGAAGCAGCUGCUACUAAUCAAUUAAGUGAGGAGUUCAUCUUAGGGGAAUUUAUAUGGUUUAGGCUCCAGGGCUCCUCAUGGUGGCCUGCCCAGGUUGUAGAUGAGAACACUGUGAGUGGUGGCAAUAAACCCAGCAAUAGAUCUGCUGGUGAAGUUCUUGUUCGAUUGUAUGGAAGCUAUAAAUAUAUUUAUGUGGAUCCCAUGAAAUUUCGCUCCGAGUUUGAGAAUAUACUAAAGCAAAACAAUGGUAGCUUUAGCGAAGUACUCAAAAGAACUCUGGAGCUUGAUCUUCUUCGUUUCAGAUCUGGUAGAUCAAAAGGGAAAGGAUCCAAAUCUGAAGAAAAGAUCAAAGUCGAUGCUUCUCAAGGCAAAAGGUCAAAGCAUAAUGUAGUCGAGAAAGGCCAUGAAGUAGAAACUCCAAUAUCUACAAAUGGUGCUUUGGUAGAACAUAAAGUUGCAACUUCCAUGGAAAAUGCUUCAGAGAAUGGAGCAAGCAAGCGGCGUAGCAUCAUGAAGAUUGAUAAUUUAACUUCUCAGGUAAGGAUCUCUCCAAGAAGACAGCCAGCUACCCCUACACAGCAAACAGUGACGAAGAAUGGAAGUCUACUUUCAGAAGAAACUGCAAAAGUCAAAAACAAAAAACAAAAGCAAGACAGUCCAAAAUCCCAGGUAAGGAUCUCACCGAGAAGGUUAUCAACUGCCACUAAACCUCAAACUGUGAUGAAAGGCGACAUUUUACUUCCACAGAAACCAGAGGCAAAGGAAAAGAAUGGCUAUUUGCUUUUGAAGAAAGCAGAAGAAGCAAGAAGCAAAUCCGCCAAAAACGAUGUGGUACAGGAAAAAGUCACUCCAAAUAAACCAAGCAACAACUCCAGUGGGAAAAUCGCAAGAACUGAGUGCACGAAGAAUGAAAGUAAUGCAAACUCUUGGUUUGAUAGCUCCUUCUGGGUCUCCAUUCCACCAAAAUGGACAUACUUGCGAGAAGUCCUCCUCGCUGUGAUUAACCACCACAAGAUGUUCUAACUUCUUUCACGCAGUGAGGUUUGAAAUCAUUAUAUUUGUGCAAGUUUCAUGUUUUUGUGGCUAAUGAAGUAUUCAUGGGUAACCAACCCAAUUGAAUCAUGAGGCCUUUUGCACUUCAAAACUUCACCUGUUUUUACUUUUUUAAUUCAUGCAUUUGAUUUAAGUCAUGUCUUGGUGAUGGAGCACUUCUGCUAAAACAAAAUCACAAGAAAGUGAACUUAAAAGAAGAAACUUUUCUUGGAGAUGCAUUUGAUAUAUGUUUUGUUUUGAUUUUUCUUCUUCAUUUUGGUAGGUAUAAAUUUUUUUGGGUAGUUGGAAACU